UCCUCUUCCAGCCCAGAGGCCGGGGCAGGGAACUACAUUUCCCACGGCCCCCCGCUGCCGGCGCAGGGAACUACAUUUCCCAGGGCACCCCGAGCCGCCCCUUGGUGACUUCUUGGCGGGGCGGCUCGCAAGACCCAGCGUGCUUGCGGGCCGGAGGGCCAUCCUGAGGAGGGGAAGGAUGCCGCCGGCCGUAGGCGGAGGCCUGGCAGGGUCCGAGCUGCGUCCCCGGAGGGGCCGCUGUGGGUCCCAGGCUGCUAGGGCCGUGGGCCCGGACGUGGCCACCGAGGCUACAGCGCGGAGCCCCAAACGGCCUGCUCCGAGCUCGUGGCGCUUCGAGGCGCCCGGCCGGUGGGCUCUGCUGGCCCUGGUGACGCUGAUGUCCUUUGCCACCCGCUUCCAUCGUCUGGACCAGCCGCCGCACAUCUGUUGGGAUGAAACUCACUUUGGAAAAAUGGGAAGUUAUUAUAUCAACCGCACCUUUUUCUUUGAUGUGCACCCGCCUCUGGGAAAGAUGCUGAUAGGUCUUGCUGGCUACCUGAGUGGAUAUGAUGGUACCUUUUUGUUCCAGAAGCCUGGGGACAAAUAUGAGCAUCACAGCUACUUGGGAAUGAGAGGAUUCUGUGCGUUCCUCGGCGCUUUGCUGAUCCCCUUUGCCUACCUCACUGUACUGGAGCUGUCCCAGUCCCUCCCGGCAGCACUGCUCACGGCUGCCCUCCUCACCUUUGACACAGGAUGCCUCACUCUGUCCCAGUACAUCCUCCUUGACCCCAUCUUGAUGUUCUUCAUCAUGGCUGCCAUGCUGAGCAUGGUCAAGUACAACUCCUGUGCCAACAGGCCCUUCUCUGCCCCCUGGUGGCUCUGGCUCAGCCUGACUGGCGUUAAUCUAGCUGGUGCUCUGGGGGUCAAGUUUGUUGGCCUCUUUAUCAUCCUGCAAGUGGGGUGGAACACCCUUUCAGACCUUUGGCACCUGUUUGGAGACCUCAGUCUUUCAAUGGUGACUGUGGGAAAACACCUGACCGCUCGCGUCCUGUGCCUCAUAGUGCUGCCGCUGGCUCUCUACACGGCCACCUACACUGUUCACUUCAUGGUGCUGAAUAAAAGUGGUCCUGGUGAUGGCUUCUUCAGUUCUGCCUUCCAGGCCCGGCUUUCAGGAAACAACCUUCACAAUGCUUCCAUCCCCGAACACCUGGCCUAUGGCUCUGUGAUCACCGUGAAGAGCGCGCGGAUGGCCGUCGGCUACCUCCACUCGCACGGGCACCUCUACCCCGAGGGCAUCGGCGCCCGCCAGCAGCAGGUCACCACCUAUUUGCACAAGGACUACAACAACCUGUGGAUUAUCAAGAAACAUAAUACAAACUCAGAUCCCCUAGACCCUUCACUCCCAGUGGAGUUUGUAAGACAUGGAGACGUCAUUCGACUAGAACACAAAGAGACUUCUCGGAACUUGCACAGUCACUAUCACGAGGCCCCCCUGACCCGGAAGCACUAUCAGGUCACAGGCUAUGGCAUAAAUGGGACAGGAGACUCAAAUGACUUCUGGCGGAUUGAGGUUGUAAACAGAAAAUUUGGAAACCGAAUCAAAGUGCUGAGAAGUCGAAUUCGCCUCAUCCAUCUGGUGACAGGUUGUGUCCUGGGCUCCUCGGGAAAGGUCCUGCCCAAGUGGGGCUGGGAGCAGUUGGAAGUCACCUGCACUCCAUACCUAAAGGAAACCCUCAACUCCAUCUGGAAUGUGGAAGACCAUAUCAAUCCCAAAUUGCCAAACAUCAGCCUGGACGUGCUGCAGCCCAGUUUUCCUGAGAUGAUGCUGGAGGCCCACAUGGUGAUGAUCCGGGGGAACAGUGGCCUCAAACCCAAAGACAACGAGUUCACGUCCAAACCCUGGCACUGGCCUAUCAACUAUCAGGGCCUGCGCUUCUCAGGGAUCAAUGACACCGACUUCCGAGUGUAUCUGCUCGGCAACCCGGUGGUUUGGUGGCUGAAUCUGCUGAGCAUCGCCCUCUACCUCCUCUCAGGGAGCAUCUUUGCUGUGGCUGUGCAGAGAGGGGCACGUCUGCCUGCUGAGGUUGAAGGGCUGUCCCAGGUCCUGCUGCAAGGAGGUGGGCAGCUCCUGUUGGGCUGGAUGAUCCAUUAUUUCCCGUUCUUCCUGAUGGGCCGGAUCCUCUACUUCCACCACUACUUCCCCGCCAUGCUCUUCUCCAGCAUGCUGACAGGCCUUCUGUGGGACACGCUCCUGCGGCUCUGUGCCUGGAGCCUGGCCUCCUUUUCUCUGGCUGGGCACAUACACGCGCUGGGAAUCCUGAGCCUGCUCCUGGGAAUUGCCUACAGCUUCUACCUCUUCCAUCCUCUGGCUUAUGGGAUGGUUGGUCCGCUAGCCCAGGACCCCCGAAGUCCGAUGGCAGGACUAAGGUGGCUGGAAUCAUGGGACUUUUGAGGCCACUGCAAGGACUCCAGCCUGGGUCCAGGAACUUCCUGGGGACAGCCAGCUGUGGAGCCAGUCCCUGGACCCUCCCAGCUGUGGAGGAAGCUGCCUGAGGAGCCUGCGGAAUUCUGCCACCUGCCAGGACCACGCCCUGGGAGCAUACCCGGAGUUUAAGCCACUAGAGAGGGCCACGGCGCUGCUCUUAACUGCAGAGGUUCCUCCGCUGGGGCUGGCUCAGCAACAGGCGACAACAUCUCUCAGGCCCGUUUCCCCGAGUGUGCAGCAUGAGGAGGGAUGAGUGUGCGAGAGGGUGGGUGUGAGUAUGUGGGGGAGUGUGCGUGUGAGGGUAUGUGUGUCCGUAUCCCUGUGGAAUAUAGACCGUGACUGUGGACAGCUGAGUGUCAUAAACUCUAAGAAAUCGUCCAGGGCUA